AUGGAGAGCCAUGGACGCUAUGCAGUAUGGCUACUUCGGCUUGCAGGUGGCUCAUCUUUUCUCUUCGUUUUGAUCGGCUUCCCCUGUGCAACUUUCAACUGGGAUGUGUGUUUUCGCGGCAACUCCUUGAUGAACACCGUCCUGGGCCUGACAAUCCCUCUGCUCGCUCCCAGCAACAAGACAGAAGGCUUGCUUCGAGUUUUUCUGUUGCUGAAUUCCUUCGGCAUGUUCACAGUGUCACUGCACUGGUGCUCAGACUUCGACUCAUGGGCUAUCGGUACGGUCAUUUCGAUUCUGUACCAGACUCUCAGCGGGAUUGUGCUUGUUAAGACUCACGUGCGAGAGCACGUUGUGUUGCACACCGUCGGAACCGUUGCUUGCUACAUGUUUCGGGUCGAAGCUUCUAACUCACUGAUGGAAGGCCGUCAAUGGGCGGCGAUCAUGGUGUCAGUGGGGGUGUUGUGCGUUUCCGUGAUCUGGCUAAUGGCCAGAGACCUUGCCGGAGAGGUUGCAUUGAAAACACUGGAAGAUCAUGUGGCCGCGUUGCGGAUUCCGCUCGAUAAGCUUGAGCAACGCGCAUCGGCGCUAUCAAGCGGCGCAAGCACCCGAAUAUCUUCUGGCUCACGCCCACGCACGGCAGGCUCGCCAAUAAAAGUCAGCAAGUUUGAUCUGCCUGACGGUGGUCCGCCGAAUUUGGAGCUUCUACAUUAUGUCAGUGAAGGUUCCUUUGGCAGAGUCUACUGCUGCAAUUGGGGCGGCCAGCGCGUAGCUGCCAAGGUAAUGGCCUUGCAGCCAGGGCACCGAGUCGAUCCGCUCAGAGAGGCUACUCUUUCCCAGAAGCUCUCCCACGACAACCUCGUCCAGACCUACGAAUUCUUUGAGCACUCGGCAGACACCGCGGAUCCAGGCUGCAGCGUGCAAGUCUGGAUACUCCAAGAAUGGUGCGACAAAGGCACUCUUAGCAGUUUCUGCACCAUCCCUCGGCGGGAUUCGAGUGGCCUGAGAUACGUCAGGUGCAUUAUGUCAGAUGUGGCGAAAGCCUGCUGCUAUUUGCACUCAAUUGGCGUCAUCCAUGGCGAUCUCACAUCGCAAAAUGUUCUCCUGCAGACACGUGCGCCGGACCACGCAGGGGAGAUAGAGUUUGUUUGCAAGCUUUGCGACUUUGGUUUGGCACGGGUCUUGGAGCAGGGUGUCACCUCACUGAUGACUGCACAGCUGGGGACCGUUUCGCACAUGCCACCCGAACUCCUGGACUUCGAUGACGGGCGCCUGAGCAUGAAAGCAGACGUCUAUGCCAUGGGUAUCCUGCUCUACCAGGUAGUUUUGGGAAAGCUGCCUUAUGCAGGGAUGCUGGCACCGCAAAUCAUCGCCUUUGUGGGAUCGGGGGGCUGCCUUGAAUUACCUCCAGAGCUACCUCAUGAGGUUCGCAGGAUGUUUGAACUCUGCACAGCCAGAUCCUCGAGUCACCGUCCCUCUGCUCUUCAGCUUCUGAACCAUUGCGCUGCGAUUUCACCGUGA